CGGAGAGAUACAGAUAAGACACCAUUGAAUGACUGCAACAGAAAACAAUAUGUGUUUGCCGGUUUCCUUCUAUGCGCUCUACAUACUUAGUAUGUGUCUAGGGAUUUUGUGUGUGACGUUUGUGUGCCUGUGGAGUGGGACCUGGAGAGGAGGUUUUGCCUGUGAUGGCUCUUUUUUGCAGUUUAACUGGCACCCUGUGCUGAUGGUGGCGAGUCUGGUGGUGCUGUACGGAAACGCUGUACUACUGUACCGAGUUCCUCUCACCUGGAGCAGAUGGUGGUGCAAGGUGGCUCAUGCCGGACUACUGUUGGUGGCAAUUGUGCUCUCUUUGCUGGGCGUGAGAGCUGCUUUUGAUUUUCACAGUGCCAACAACAUCCCUCACCUGUAUUCCCUACACAGUUGGAUUGGGAUCUCAACUGUGACCCUAUUCAUUUUGCAGUGGUGUGUUGGUCUGGGUGCCUUUUUAUUGCCCUGGAGCCCUUUGACAUUUAGAGCCUUUCUGAAACCUAUUCACACCUGGAUGGGCAUGGCUAUAUUUAUCUUGAGUCUUAUCUCCAGCCUGUCAGGGAUCAAUCAGAAACUACUGCUUACAUUAAAUGGGAGAAACGGAAGCAAUACAGAACCAUACACUGCGUUGCCCACUGAAGCUGUGUUUGCAAACUCAUUAGGUCUCUUGGUUGUUAUUUUUGGGUUGGUGGUGCUAAAAAUUCUUUUCAAUCAGGAAUGGAAGAAUCCAGAAUUUGAGCAAGAAAGUAACAGGCCUUUGUUGGCAGAUGCAAGAUGAAGACUGAAGCAAAAAAGAGAAAAGAAUACAUUUACAGAAUAUUACUGUUAAACAUGCAAAACCCUUUGAAAUUACUGUGGACGUUUUAAAGAAGGCUUUGGUUGGUAUCACUAGUGUCUAUUCAGCUAUUUUAUGCUUUAUUUCAUCUUCAAAUCCUAUGAAUGUUCGAACCUCUUGUGGUUACAAAGAGAAUUG